AUGAAUGCAAGCAGCUCUCCAGAGAUACCUGGUAUCAUUCAGCCAGGAAUGGUCACGCAAGAUUUGAAGAUGAUGGUAUGCAAAUUACUCAAUUCACCCAAGCCAUCCAAAACAUUCCCUGGCUCUCAGCCCGUUUCUUUUCAGCAUUCAGAUAUCGAGAAUAAACUUUUGAGUCAAGAUUAUUACGUUUGUGAGAAGACUGAUGGAUUGCGUGUGCUAAUGCUUAUUUUGAUCAAUCCAGUGACUAGAGAACAAGGUUGCUUUAUGAUUGACAGGGAAAACAAUUAUUAUUUAAUCAAUGGGUUUCGAUUUCCUAAACUACCUCGUAAAGACAAGAGAGAGCUACUGGAGACGUUGCAAGAUGGUACACUGGUUGACGGGGAACUUGUUCUUCAAACAAAUCCAAUUACAAAGUUGCAGGAAUUAAGGUAUUUGAUGUUUGAUUGUCAGGCAAUAAACGGACGUUGUUUGACCAGUUCACCAACCAGCUCACGAUUGGCACAUUUAGGUAAAGAGUUUUUCAAACCGUACUAUGAUUUGAGAUCUAUAUUUCCUGAUAAAUGUGUGACUUUUCCAUUUAAAUUGUCAAUGAAACACAUGAACUUCAGCUAUGAUUUAGUUAAAGUCGCAAACAGUUUGGAAAAACUGCCGCAUAAAUCAGAUGGUCUGAUUUUUACACCUGUAAGAACGGCGUACUGCAUCGGUACGAAGGAUUCCUUAUUACUGAAAUGGAAACCUGAAGAUGAAAAUUCAGUUGAUUUUAAGCUAGUCUUGGAUAUUCCGAUGGUUGAAGAUGAAUCCACUCCCAAAAAAGAUCCUAAUAGAUGGUACUAUAAUUUCAAUGUAAAGCCAAACUUUGAACUUUAUGUUUGGCUGGGCGGAGCUGAUGUCAAUACCAAACUGAAAGAUUUUGGGAAUCCAUUCAGCAAAAAAGAAUUCGAGUUACUUGAACGAACAUAUAAGAAAUUUGCUGCAUUGGAGGUAUCAGACGAAAAAUGGCAAGAGUUGAAAAGCUUAAAUGAACCUUUAAAUGGAAGAAUAGUAGAGUGCACUAAGGAUCAAGAGACUGGGGCCUGGAAAUUUUUAAGAUUUAGGGACGACAAAUUGAAUGGUAACUAUACGUCCGUUGUCCAAAAGGUUUUGGAAAGUAUAAGUGACUCCGUGAAACUUGAAGAUUUGGCGGAGGUUGCAAAUGAUAUCAAAGAACUGUGGGAAGAUCGCAAAGAAGAAGAGCGUGGAUCAGCAGUAAGUUCCCACGCACCACCAAUGAUUAAGAGGGUGCAAAAAUCUACUAAUGGUGUCAAUGACAGUAAUGAGACCCCUAUACAACCGAGGUACGUUGACGAAGAUGAUUUUUCUGAGUAA